AACAUAGCUGAACGGAUGCAUGAUGGCCUGCGGUUGGUGUGCGAGGAGAGUUUACGGAGACGUUUCCGUAAACACACAGUGAUAUCAGACGGGCGUAUCGCCACCACUGCGCAUGCGCACAGGGCAGGGAGAAUUGACAUCGCGGAGCAGUACUGCAAUAUCCAUCGAUUCGCGACCGAAGAUUAUCCAUCUGCAUUCUCGCAAGACUGGUAUCACCUGUACAUAUUAAUCCAUAACAACUGUGCCAUUAAAGCAAUCAUGUCCUUGGGAAGUGACUUUGGGAACCCUUUACGGAAAUUCAAACUUGUUUUUCUUGGGGAGCAAAGCGUUGGGAAAACAUCGCUGAUAACAAGGUUCAUGUAUGACAGUUUUGACAACACUUAUCAGGCAACUAUUGGAAUUGACUUUUUAUCAAAAACCAUGUAUCUGGAAGACCGAACUGUGAGGUUACAGCUAUGGGACACUGCAGGGCAGGAGCGGUUUAGGAGUCUUAUCCCGAGCUACAUUAGAGACUCCACAGUGGCUGUGGUGGUUUAUGAUAUUACAAACGUAAAUUCAUUCCAGCUAACCUCCAAAUGGAUUGAUGAUGUCAGAACAGAGAGGGGAAGUGACGUCAUUAUCAUGCUGGUCGGCAACAAAACAGACCUAGAGGAAAAGAGGCAAAUCACCAUAGAGGAAGGGGAGCAGCGUGCCAAAGAGCUGAAUGUGAUGUUUAUCGAGACUAGUGCAAAGACUGGCAGCAAUGUUAAACAGUUGUUUCGGCGAGUGGCUGCCGCUUUGCCCGGAAUGGAGAGCUUGGAUGAAAAUAACAAAGAAGGAAUGAUCGACAUUAAGCUGGACAAACAGCCGGAUCCUCCGGCCACUGAAAGCGGGUGCUCCUGUUAGUAGAAAGCGGUUCGGACCUUCAUUAACACCACACGCUUGUUCUGUUGCUUCCUAUGGGUCCACGUCCUGUUGAACUGUAUGAUCGGAUAUAGGCUUUUUACAUCUAUCUGAAUGGGUCUAAAAUUAUACUCCUCAGUUGCAAGAACAAAAAAAAAAUUGCACUGUCUGUUCAAUUGCCAAAAUAAUAUCAUAGGUAAUUCAAAGCGACUAGCUAACAGAUUCAUAUAGGACAGGAAAGGGGCAUGUGUACCAUAUUUGGACAAAAACAUUCAGAGUGGAUUAUCGGUUGUUAUGUUUUGUAUUUUUGUACAUUACAAAAAGCACUAAAUGAUGCCUUCACAAAAAAGAAAAAAAAAGAAGUUUAAGAUUCAAGACGGAUGGCAGAGUAACUGUCUUUCGUCUAUAGCAUGCAUGUAAGACAACUUUUAGAAUCUGUCAUGUCCUUUGGUCCAUUCACAUCAAUAGUAAUGAAACGAAGAACUUAAUGAAAAAAAGACAAAAGAGAGAGCUCCUGUUCAAAGUCUUAGUGUGGGUCUGUGUAUACAUCCUACAUGCUAAUCCAGUACCAGCCUCCAUGAGAGGUGUGCGUACUAACCUGGCUAACCUUUAAAGUGCUGCGGCACUGUUGCAAAGAACCAAUGGAUUUUUCUGCUAGCUUCAUGUACACUUUAGAUCCACCAGGCGGUACUGUAUUGUAUAUAGUAUUUAUAUUAUUGUGAACAUCCAUCAUUUAAACGUGGUUUAUGUUCACUUGUACAAAUGUUUGUUUUUGUUUUUUCUUCUUUUUUUAAUAUGACAAGGGCUUCACUCUUAUUUUGUCGGUCUCACCUGUAGCCAUACACUGGUAGUAAUCUAUUAUUUAUAAUUUGGGCAUUUUGCUGUUGCCUUAUACCGUUUUACUCACUCAUUAAGAGGAUCUUUUCUGAUAGAAUACAAUUAUUCCCGUUAAAAUUUUAUUAUUAUUAUUUCGCAGCCAACUCGAACUAAAAAUAAUGCGAUAAUUGUCAUUUGUUCGGUUGGGGUGAGAAAGGCAUGCACUUUGUUAUGGGCUCUGACAAGGAAGUGUGUGGUUCACCACAUCAUAAAGUGAUGAAACAGACAAAUAAUUGUCGUAUCCCUCAUAAUAUCAAGCUCUUGUAGUCUCCCACACAUGUCUAAUGGAUGUGUAGAUGUUGCAGGUAAACAUUUUCAUCUCAAGAAUCCUUAAUCAUGAAGACCUUUUCAAAAUCGCACUGAGAGAGAAUGAACCCGCCUGUAGUCCACUCAUGACAUUCUGGUUAUUGCAACAGUACGUUCAAGAAAAGUGAGUUGUUUACAAAACUCUGGAAACAUAGUAUCUUUAAUAUUUAAUUUUUUUUUUUUUUUUGUUAGUUUUAUAUGUUGAAUUGUUUACAUAAAUGCACUGAUUAACACCACUGAUUGUAUAGAGAUUCAUUUAGGAUAUAUUAGGUAUUUAUAAUAUAUUUAAUGUUAGUGCGAGUUUCUUUCUGGUGCCAAUACGUCUAUUAACUCAAACAAAAAUGAACAUGAGGAAUUACUGUGACUGAAUUGUCGGUACUAGGUUUUACUUAAGCUUCUCGGAUAAUUAAAGGGGCCGCUGAUGUUAAUGAGUUGUGCACAGAGCAUCUUUCACGUUCACAUUUCUCAAGCCUCCGUUUCCUCUUGUUUGCUUUGUCAUUUUUCACUUUUUGUACACUAGUUGUGCCUUCUGUUAUUGUGGCAUCACAAUGCAAAGCUUUCAUUGUAUGGCUACCUGAGAACACUUACGUUAUAGAAGGGAAGUCACUGUGCGUGACCAGACAACUGACGGAUUUAUGAUGUUGAUCUGUGAUGAAAUUGUUGUAUUUAUACCAUCUAGCCAAUUCACAGUGGUUGAGAAGAAUUGCAGAAUAGUCCCAUGCGAGCGGAAGGUUGUGUGUAAGAACAGGAAGUUGCUGCUGAUAGUGUGAGCGGAUUGAAUCUGUCAAAGUUGUUGCCGUAGGGUUGUGUAGAGCAGUGUAGUUGGCUCUUUAUUCACUCUGUAAGGACAUUUAUGAGCAUGACAUGUCUGAAAAAAGAAAUAAUAAAAUCCAUGUCUUAAUACCA